AUGAGUAAAAAUAAAUAAGCAAAUAGUCCUAGUAUCCAGUUGAUUUAGCGAAAUAAUAAACUUAAGCUUAGUUAUGUAACGCUUAAGAAGAAGCAAGAAGAAAAGCAGUGGCUCUAGCAGCCAAAAAGAGAAAGACCAAAAAAGGGGAUGAUGAAGACUGCUGAGAUGAUGAGACAUACAGACCAGGAGGAGCUAAGAAAAAGAAGGAUACCAAUCGAUAAGGAAUAAGGUUUAUCUUCAGCAAUAGUAAGUUAAGCAAAUCCUAACCCAGAAAAGAAAGGAGAAAAAAGUGAAAAGAAAAAUAAGGAUACUGAUAUGUUGGAGCCAAAGAUAAAAAAGAGGCUAAUAAAGAUUUAUCAAUCUUCAGGCAAAGCUAAAAGAUGGGAGUCAAGAUGGGUUCUUCACCCAAACAGUACUGGACAAACUCAAAAGCAGGACAAAGACUUAUGGGUGAAAAAAUGGGUGAGUGAAGGUCAUCUAGAUCCACUAAUCGAGUUAAAUUCAGAUGGAUUAUCAAAAGAUGAAUUAAAGCUACUUAAAAGACUUCAUCAAAUUGAGGAAUAAGAUUAUGCUGAGAAUUUCUAUGAUUAUCAAUAUCUAGAUCUUAAUGCUAUUACUUACGAGUGUCCAGAAGAGGAUUGUGAAAAAAUCUUCUUUGAUUUAAAAAUUUUGAAACGGCAUAUGCAGUUAAAGCAUGGAGCAUAGGAAAAACAAUCAGAUAUCGGAAUGUCAAGUUUCGCUAAUCCAAUGAAGAAAAUGAACUAUAUAGCUGUUAAUUGA